AUGAAGAGAUCUGUUGACAUAGCCAAGAGAUUAGAGGAAAGGCAUCAAAAGAUGCAGACUUUUCUUUCCUCUGCUGCCGACUUGCUGUACAAUGAAGUCAUGAUCGCUGUAAAUUUGGCCAUCGGCAUUGGAAUCCAGAACUUCCCAGAAGGCUUGGCGGUUAGCCUGCCGCUCCGGGGUUCGGGAGUGUCGACAUGGACAGCUUUCUGGUACGGGCAGCUGAGCGGCAUGGUUGAACCUGCUGCCGGGCUGCUGGGCGCCCUCGCUGUCGUGUUGGCAGAACCUCUGCUGCCCUACGCUUUGGCGUUCGCUGCCGGGGCGAUGGUCUACGUGGUGGUGGACGACAUUAUUCCAGAAGCUCAAGUCAGUGGAAACGGGAAGCUGGCCUCCUGGACCUCCAUCCUGGGCUUCGUGGUGAUGAUGUCUCUGGACGUAGGGCUCGGCUGACUCCACCGUGACGCUCGUCCAACCCUC